GUAGACAGGCGGCGCGGCGGCGACGAUACGGAUUCGACAGACAGGUUGAUUGUACGAACGAACGAAUAGCAAGCACCAGUGAGUCCAGCAACUGCCUCCUGCCUUGCCUGCUGCGUGCGCAAUUAAUGUGUGGUGGUUGUGUGCUGUGUCGAGUGUUGAUUUUAGAUAUUUCAGUUGGUUAUUAAACAGUUUAUUUUUGUGUGACUGAUCAAAACAUUUGGAUGUCUGCAUUCAAAAACAUAGUGUAGUUUUUGUACCCUUUUCUAUAGCGACUCGACACAGUUCGGUACACAUUUUAUUUAGCUGUGAGCAAUCGGUAAUUCACUGUACUUUGCUUGUACAAUGCUAUGUGGUCAAUGGUGGACUUCCAGUGAUAAUUAAAUAAAGUGCACCUAUAUACUGUCCGCAGUCUUUUAACCUUGGAUGCACCGACUGCGCGGGAGUGACCCGCGGUUUCGCUGCGCUGCCUAGCCGCCAAAAACUCGGCGGCGUGGCUGCGCAACAUUGCCGUUUUGGGUAGCGCGCAACCUGGAGCCGCAAAAGGGUCCAUUGUUCCGGAGGGCGCGGCGGCAGAAUGGACGACGCCGGCAGCAACAAGCAGCGGCAAGCCACGCGAGUGUUCAAGAAGAGCUCGCCAAAUGGAAAGAUAACAGUGUAUUUAGGGAAGAGGGACUUCGUCGAUCACAUCACACAUGUAGACCCGAUUGACGGGGUGGUCCUAAUAGACCCGGAGUACGUAAAGGACCGCAAAGUGUUCGGCCACGUGCUGGCGGCGUUCCGCUACGGGCGCGAGGACCUGGACGUGCUCGGUCUGACCUUUAGGAAGGACCUCUACCUGGCCGCUGAACAGAUAUACCCCCCGAUGUCGACGACGAAGAGGCCACUCACGCGACUUCAAGAGCGACUGGUCCGAAAACUGGGUCCUGCGGCUCAUCCCUUCUACUUCGAACUCCCCCCACACUGCCCCGCCUCUGUUACGCUACAACCUGCGCCGGGAGAUACCGGGAAACCUUGCGGAGUGGACUACGAGCUGAAGGCGUUCGUAGCCGACACUCAGGAUGACAAGCCUCAUAAGAGGAAUUCUGUCCGGCUGGCGAUCCGCAAGAUCAUGUACGCGCCGAGCAAGCAGGGCGAACAGCCGUCGGUGGAGGUCUCCAAGGAGUUCAUGAUGAGCCCCAACAAGUUGUAUCUGGAAGCCUCGCUCGAUAAGGAGCUGUACCACCACGGCGAGAACAUAGCAGUGAACGUCCACAUCGCGAACAACUCGAACCGGUCGGUGAAACGCAUCAAGGUGUCGGUGAGACAGUUCGCCGACAUCUGUCUGUUCUCCACCGCGCAGUACAAGUGCACCGUCGCCGAAGCUGAGAGCGAGGAAGGCUGCCCCGUGGGCCCAGGGUUCACAUUGAGCAAAGUGUUCUCCCUGACCCCACUGCUGGCCAACAACAAGGACAAGUGGGGGCUGGCUCUGGACGGACAGCUCAAGCAUGAGGACACUAACCUCGCCUCCAGUACCCUUAUUGCAGACCCGUCGCAACGUGAAAACCUAGGAAUCAUAGUUCAAUACAAAGUCAAGGUGAAACUGUGUCUUGGGCCGUUGGGAGGCGAGCUGAGCGCGGAGCUGCCGUUCGUGCUGAUGCACCCCAAGCCGGAGCCCGAGCCUCGCGCGGACCCGCCUGCUCGCGCUCUGGCCGACCUCAUCCAGCUCGACCCCGUGCCAGACGAAAACGGUCAAGAGCAGGACGACGAUAUAAUCUUUGAAGACUUCGCGCGGCUACGGCUUAAAGGUGCCGAAACUGACGCCUGAGCGCGCGCUACCACGUACCACCGUAUCGCUUCGCUGUCGCUACUCCCGGAGGAAUCGCUAACGACAACGAUAGCGACCGUGACAGUCAGCGGUCUCGUAGUAGAGGUAUUUGAUUGAUCGAUGCGCGUUUGUCUUUUUUGAAGCGUUUGCGUCUUCGGGAACAUUCUAGAACAAUUUUAUGAAACUUCAACAGAAAUUUGUUAGUCUAAGUUAAAAUGUUUAGAAAAAUUAUCAUAUUAGAAAAAAUAUAGUAGCGCUCGUCAUAUUAAACUAGACAAGCUGAUGUGUAACUUUAAGUUUAUUUUUUAAUUUGUUGUAAAAGUAUUAUAGCUUGACAUUGUUAUACUGUCAAUAUGGACGAAUUAGUCUUUAUUAUCUUUCGACGCAAACGCUGCAAAGGUUCCACAGACAACGGAGGCUCAAUAUAAAAGUUUCAACAAUCCUCAGUUACGCGCUAGAGCUGUGAUCAAAAGAACAAUUUCAUAAGUAUAAAAUGCGAGGUCUCCCGGUAUGGUCCCGUGUUGUAUUUUGUGGAGAGGAUUUGACUUCAGCGUGAUUCGCGUUAUCUUAUUGGACCCUUUUGUUUUGAAAAAAAAAAACCCUAUUGUACUACUUACUAAGGGCGUCAGUAGAAAAAAUAUGGUAUUUUGAAUCCUGUUUGUUCUACUAAUAGAACAAAUCGUAUGUACUACAACGGGGGCUAAUUGUUCUAUAAAAACAGGUGUAGCUGUAUACUGAAUAAAAUCGAACUUCUUUCUAUCUUAAAUGAUAAAAUUAUAUUGUGCUGAAAGUAUUCCUAUGUCUUUUUAGCACUAAUUGAUGCUAAAAGAGAAAGAAACAUAUUCGUUAGCCUUUUUUGGCUCGGUGUGGACAUAGCAUUCGUCACUUUUCGGAUACGAAGUUGACAGUCAUAAAAAGAAUUAUUCAAAACAUUCAGGAUCCAAUGAGUGUGCGCGAUGACACAUUAAAAUGCAGAAUUUUAUAUUAUUCAAUGUAUAUUGUAUGUGAAGAAUUAUUUUAAUAGUUGGUAUUUUGAUCAAAUCAAUUUAUGUGAGUACAAGUUUACUUUCUUAGUGUUAUGUUUUCAAUAUUGCAUCAUUGGCCACUCUGUUAUUAGUACAAUAAAUAUAUUCGGUAAUAUGCAUUUAAUAGAUUAAAGGUAUAUAUAACUUAAAGAAAUGGAUUGGUAAUUGUGCUUCUCUAUCGCACAAUAUUCUGUCUCACGCCCGAGCGGUUGUCCUGGUUGCUUCCGCUGACAAUGAGCGUCGGAAACCAAGGUCCGCAUUUUGCACAAUAUUAUCGACAUUACAAGUUCACACAAUUUUUAUCCUAGUUUCCUUUUUAAAAGUAAAUUUAGUAUCGCAGGUAAAAUGUGUGAUUAAUUUGAGCAUCAGGUAUGUAUGAUGUUUAAUGUUAGACUUAUUCAUCAAUAUAUAAUAUAAUAAUACUGACGAAAACUUAAAACAGAUUUCAAAACAAAUAUAAAUAAAUAUAUAGAUUAUACAGUUCUGUAACUGUUAAAUUUAUAAAACAGACAGAACAUAUUUUUAAUAUCGCUUAGUGUUUAGUUUAUUCAGUCUUUUCUAAGUGAGACGAAUAGGCCAAGAGUGCAUUUCAAUAGGAUUAUUAAAAACAUGAGGUAUCUUAAGUGUAAGUGUAAUUUCAAGAAUACAAUCUAUUUCUUUAAGCGAUCCAAUCAUACCUAUACUGUAAUAUAAUUUCGGCGGUAGUGUAGUCCUUAUUGUUGGAGGGCAACAACCUCUUAUGUUAACUUGACGGGCGACGACUGAAGUCAACGUUAAUAUUAUAUAAUGCGGUGUCUAUAAAUAUGUUAUAAUCAUGCUGUUUUCGUCUCAGUCGUUCUAUUAUGAUUAUAAUAUCCAUCGCAGUAAAGUCGUUUUUCGCUUGUACUAUUAGGUGAGCAUAGUUUUAGAGCGUGUACUGUUUGAACGAUUUGAAUGGACUAUGAGGGUAAUUGUGAUAAGGACUCCAUUUUUAUAUGUGAAGAUUGUAAAGCGAUGGAUAAAUAAAAAAAUCUAGAACAGGAUAUCUUAAA